AUGGGGGCUCCACGGCUGGCCAGAAAUGGCCUGCCCAGAUCAACUCAACCAUCCAAACUCGCUCAACAGCCUGAUUCAUCUGAACCCGAGCCAUCGGAACCUUCACUGCCAGAACCGAACAACAAGUUGAAAAAAACUAUACCGCUCGAUCCCAACAUGUCUAAUCCUCGUCUUCUUGUCAAUCGCGCCUGUAUCUACGAGCGCCGACUACCUGGUGAUGCAUAUAUCACAGCACACGUUGCACGACUUCAGCAUGGGUUGUACGCCAGUGAAGCAGUCUCAGACAAAGACGCAGAUCAUGUUGACUUCCUUGCAAUCAGUUUCGUCUUUCACACUCCCCACACGCUCGAACACCGAUUCAAAUCUGCUACCAUCAAAGCUACUAUUCGUGGUAGCCAUGAGAUCUCCACAUCUCCCAAAUAUCCUCAUGGCUUCCCUCCUGGAAACCCGCGCUUUCUCAUGCACGCACCACAUCUGAUCUACGGUCAUGUCUCUCCAGAAACUAUGGAAUGGACCUUCAGUCUGGCCGGGUCCUUAGGAGUGUCAGAGGCACCAGUCAGCGCCAGCAUUAUCCCUUCUGGUAGUACCAGCGCCCGUUACCAACGGUACGAGAUGAUGCGCAUUCAGGGCUCCGCUCGCACGCUCAAGAGCCCCCGCGGUCCUCAGUACGACAUCGAGGCCGGUGAGGUAGUUUGGUCACUAGAGGAGAACAAUCUGCAGCGCUCUGGUCUCCCGCGCGAGUUCACUUUCGUCAUGCUCGUCCAAAAGCCCACUGCCGACAGUCAGCUCACGUUGACCCUUGAAGUUGAGCCAGUCAUCCAGGCUCUAGUGGGGAGCUAUCCAAACUGGCUUCUAUCGUUUGGUCAGUACCAGCCGCUGCCGCGUCGCGGCGUCAAUUUCAACACUGAAGUUGGUCAGCGCUUUGAGCCUAUGGACGAGGCUCGUGGAUUCAAUUUUGCUGCUCUGGAGAGCUCGUUUGAUGAGUACAUCGCCAUGCCAGGGCGCAAGUUCUCCCGCCAGAUCGAGUAUCCAGUCGAAACUCCCCUCCCGCCGAAUGAUAAUCCCAACCAGGCCGGAUACCCUCAGGUGAUCGGGAACUACAACCCAAACUACCCACUCUACAGCACCCUCAACCCACUACAGCAGCUACAUUUCAACGGCAUGGUCCUCCAAAAUACCAUGCUCCAGGCCCAACUGAACCAGCUCGCCACCACCCAGCCCCAAGCCCAACGCACCGUGCAAGCCUUAAACACAAAUACCCUCGAUGCCCACCACAACCUAGACAACACGACAAUUUCCCUCCUGGCCGGUCUGCGCGUAUCUUCCCCUCCAGCCAUGACUCGCGUUGUCGCCGAAGGAAGCGAUGUGGAGGCCUACACGAGUGACACGGCAGCCCUCAGCCGCGGAGAAGAUGCCCGAUUCAAAAGCUACGAGAAUAUCAGGGCAUCCAUGCUCCGCACCGUCCACCCCGAGAUCCGCUCGGAGAAGUUCAAGGCUUCUUCGAAUGCGGAGCCGAUGCAGCGGAAGGGGCGAGUGGAGAGGAGUAGCUCGCGGCCGCAGGUGAUGCGUUUGAAGAACCAGCCUCUUUCGUCUGGGCUACUUUCGCGGCUUGCUGAGCAGCGGGGUGUUGAGGAGGAAGGAGGUGGGGAUGUGGAUGUUGAGGAGUAG